AGGAUAUUUCCAUUUAUAAAAAAAAUCAGAAAUUUAUUAAUUUAAAUUCAUUUUUUAAGUGUUCAAAUAAUUAAAGUGAUAUAUUCUUAAAUAUAACAGUAAAGUGAAAUCGACAUUUAGGAUUUAAAUUGCGAUGUGAAAAAAGUGAAGAAGAAAAAGUUGAAAAAAGCAAAUGGAUGAUUCGAAAUAAAAAAAAAUGUAUAAAAAAAUGAUGAAAAAAAUCCAUAAGUCUCAUAGUGUGAUAGCAAGUUACAGCAAAUCAACCAUUUGUGUGUAAUAAAUAAUAAAGUUGUGUUAAAAGUUCAUUCGGUGAAAUUAGUGAAAGAAUUUAAAUUCCUUCAGGAUAAAAACUUAGUCAAAUUUUUUUUGUAAUAAAUUCUACACCUUUAAAAAAUAUAUAAGAGGAGUAAUAAAGAGAAAGAGAACGAGAACGAGAGAAGACACAGAAAAAAUGGAGCAACAACAAUGUCCGAUUUGUAUGCUUUAUUUAUUGCCCGGAAUGUGUCUACAAGAUCAUUUAGAUACCCAUCCGAAGGAUAUGAUAAUCAAGGCUCUACUCUCAGUUAAGACAGAACCACCUAAACAACAAACGCCUGUGAGUAAUUCUAAUGAAAUGGCUGCGACAACAGUUUAUCUCACAACACCAUUUAAUUCAUCACAAACCCACAUAUAUCAACAACAAAAUCAGCAGCAGCAACAACAACAACAAAAUCAGACACCUAUUCAAAAUAGUAAUUUCGCUCUUGCAAAAAGAAAUACUGGCAAUAAUGCAGUUCUUCUUGGUAAUCGUCCAUAUCGAUUAACACUCGAUACGCAGCAAGCAGCAGCCAACAUUUCUCCGCCAACAACCACGACCUUCCUCAAUGCAACAGCUGUAACACCCAAUCAUAGUUACGGAAGACGAGUGACAAAUGAAAAUGAUUUAUUUGCUAGUGAUAAUAACAAAACGGCAUUUCGGUGUAUCCAACAAAAUACAGAGCAGAAAAAUAUUAUGAUUGUAAAUACGAGUAGCACACAAUUUUCCAUUCAACAAACAGUUCCUGUCAAAAAACAGCAGCAGCAGCAACAGCAUGGACAAACAUCAACUGCCAUAGAACUACAUCCCGUCAUCAUGGACAAUUCCACAUUAUCAAAUUCAGUUCCAAAUGCAAUAUCAAUAAUUCCACGCUACACAAGCGAGAAAUAUUCUGGACCACCACCUUCAUACGAAUCUUCAGUCACCAAUACAAUAAAUGAUAAGCCACGAGUCAUUGAUCUCACACAAACACCCACAAAUACAGCAAUGAAAAUGAUGGAGAAACAAUGUAUUGUCGGCAACGGCAACAACAAUAACAACAAUAACAAACUGACGACCUUGAGCAGCAACGGCGCAGAUGAGAAUCGUCACUUAAUGUUAACGUCGGCACCACAAAAAAUUCUUGAAUACACACAAACGGAAAAUGGCGAUUAUAUGAUAACCGAAAAACUCCUAUCGACUACCCAUCACCACAAUCAGCAUCAUCAGAAUCAGCAUCAACAAUCCACAAACUCCCACAAUAUGUCACAUGAAGAGGAAAUCAUAGAAGAAAUUCAUGAUUCAGACGAUAAUAGCUAUAAUGUAAAGUACGUCGAGAUUAAUGAACCGCUAACAUUUAAUUUAUCAUCGAGUGAUAACAACAGUGGGAAAUAUCAUCAGGAAGAACAUUAUACAGUAAUUGAAGAAUCGGAAGUGGAGCAAAUUAAUAGUUUCAAUGAAUCUCAAGGAUCAAGUUCAAAUAUUGAAAGUCAUGCACCUAGAAAAUCUGGUGUUAAAGUCAUUAGCAAUGUUAAGUUGACAUCAGCUGAAAUGCUUUCACCGACUAUAAAAGAUAUCAUUAAACAAUAUAAUAAUAAUAAUGCAAGCAGUACUAGUAAAAAUAAUAAUAAUAAUAAUAAUAGUAAUAAUAAUAAAACACAGACUGAAAAAGAAAUGCAAAUUGAACAACCGGUUGUGGACAUUGUUCAUACUGAAAUCACUGACACAGAGGAUGAUGACGACUAUGAUGUUGAAAUGAAAGAAGAUAUGAAUAAAAAUGAUACAAAGGCUUUAAUUCAAUGCACUGAGACGUUGAAUCUUAGCAGCAAUGAUAAGGAAGAGGCUUCAAGUUCUAGUUCUAGCGCAUGCACGACAAGUGUAAUAAGGAAAACAGCAACAACGAUAAGUUUAGACGCUAUUCCAUCGACAUCAAAAGCCCAAGAUGAAAGUAAGGAGCAAAAGCUCAAGAAUGAGCCCGAGCCUAGCACAUCGAGUGAGAGCUUGCGGAAAUCUUCUUCUACUAAUGUUGUGUUCAAUUCUACAAAUAGACUGAAGCAAAAAGAAAUUUAUAAGCAACCAAAAAAGUUAGUGGUAAAGUUAAAGAAACCUCUUCAGGAAGGUGGCGAAUGUACGUCAUCGAUAUCGAGUGUCACCAUUCAAACUGUUGCUGCAAAUGCUGAUAACAAAGACACCACACAAAUUAAGAAUGAAAAUAUGGAACGUGAAACAAUUACAACAACUCAGUUACACGAUCAUGAUGACGAAAAUGUCGAUAUACAGAAACAUAGUGCAAUGACCGAACGUGACUCGACAGUGUUUAAGGUUGAGAGCAAUGAACAAUUCACAGUAACAUUUCUUGAUCAGCACGAUUAUGAGCCAAUAAAAAAGAUUACAGUAACACCUGAAAUUCAUCAUGACUCGGAGACAAAUCAAUCUGUAAUGAGUAUGGAACUUGAGCCUGAAACAACGAGCGUCGCUGUGAAAAGAGAACAAACUGAUAAUGAAUUGCCGAUUAUUGUAAAGACCGAAAUGAGUUCAUGCAGUGCAUCCUCAAUGGCAUCAAACAGUCAGAGCAGUUCGUGCUCACGAAGUCCCGCAAGAAUAAAUAUAGAAAAUGUCUCUUCAAUUAACAUCAAUGAGAGUUCACCAAUCAACUUUUUAUAUCAAAAUGAUCGUGUCCGAUUUUCACCUCCGCUAUCUCCAUACGUCUAUAUGAAAACAUUUUCGACAAGCGAAGAUCAACCGAAGCAAGAGACAGAUGCGUCAUGGAAUAAUAGUAGCAGUGUCGUAACACAAAAUUCCGAUCAGAAUUCAACAUGUUCACGUUAUACGCCAUCGUUUGAUGAUAAUAGAAGUAAUUAUACAGACAUUGAUGUAAAUUUAAAGACGUCAAGAAAUGAUGUUCAUAUUCGUGCGCCAUCAACAGAUAGCUUAAAUAUUCGUACUGAUGAGAAAAUGCCAGCACGUGGUGAAAUUAGCGAACAGGAGAGUAAUGGCGAAAUCGAACAGCCUUGGCAUCAUCCAUACUUCCAACUACAAGCAUACCCAAGUUCAUAUGACAUGAAUACAGCGCAAGAAUGUUGGAACCUUUCAAAAGCCGAUAGCCAAAAUGCAUGCGAUUCCAAUAACAUACAAAAUGUGAUAAUCAAUUUUCCACCAUUGAAUGGCGAAGAAGACAUUAAAGCACCCGAUUUAUUGAAAACAAUUAUGCAAACAGUAGCAAAACAAGAACCAUCAGGUAUUAAUGACGAAGCAAGUGGUAGUAAUAGCAAUUUAAUUGUAAAGAAAAAUCGCUCAUUCCGUUGUCCUGAAUGCUCGAAAGUCUUUAUGAAAUUGAGAGCGAGAAAUCGUCACAUGGAGCAAGAACAUCCAAACUUUAGACGAGUGAAAAAGAUUAAACCAGCACCGACUGCAACACAAACAAGCAAAUCAGAACCGACUGUUUUUCCAACAUCCUCGUCUUCGGCACUUGUCAAUUGGAAUGCAACAUCGACAACACAGGAGCAAGAAGUGAAAGUAUUGAGUAUCAUUAAACAUGAACCAUCAACGUCAGCUGCUGUUCUUGUGAAAAAUGAGAUGAAUAGAAUGCUUAUUAGUACAACAGGCUCAAUAAAGAUGGAAAUGGAUCGUUUAUUAUUGGAGCCUUCGACAUCCUCAACUACGCAACAAAUGUCAACAUUAGGAUUAAAAAUUAAGAGAACUUAUAUGUGCGCAAAGUGCAAUGAACAAUUCCGUACACUCAAGCUACUUGAUAAGCACUUUCAAAUUCAUCCUGCUGAAUGUACAUUGUGUCAAAAGACUUUCAAUAGCUGGAAUACAUUUUCAUUACAUUUGAAGCAUCAUCUUAACAUUCGUGUCCAUGCAUGUCGAUUUUGUCCAAAACGUUUUGUUCAACGUCAAAGGCUUGUAGAGCAUGAGAGAAUCCACACCGGCAGUCUACCCAUCAAAUGUCCUGAUUGUGAUGAACGAUUUAGAAGAUACUCAAAUAUGCUUCAUCAUAGGGCACGAGUACAUUUGAAUAAGAAGGCUAAACAGGAGGAUUAUGUGUGCGAUUGUGGUGAAAUUUUCCAAACAAAAGCUAAAUUAGAGUGGCAUCAAGAGACUCAUGAGAAUAAGCCAAAACCUUGUCCCUACUGUCGUGAACGUUUCACGCAUCGUAAUAGUCUAACCCGUCACAUUCGAUUAUCGCACACGGAAAAGUAUGUCUUUGUCAAAAGCAAAGCAGUUAAUUGUCCGAUUUGUAGCUGCACAUACUUGCCGUCUAGUAUAAAGGCUCACAUGGCUACACAUCAACUAUCAAAUAAAGAAUUUUCAUGUUCGAUUUGCAGUAAACAAUUUAGCACAAAAUGGAAUCUAAAGCAGCAUCAUUGGACUCAUGCAAACCGUAGCUCAAAACCAUUCCAAUGCAAUGUAUGUCCCAGUGCGUUUGUGCGUGAGACCGACUACACAACACAUAUGAAUGCUCACCGAUCAAUUAAACCAUUUACUUGCAAUACUUGCGGUAAAAGAUUCGUUCGUAAAUACAAUUGGUUGCGUCACUCACGUGAACACGAGCGAGAGAAGAAAUUUACAUGCGAUAUAUGCAAUAAGAAAUUUCAUCGGGCUUAUUAUCUCACCGAACAUAAACGUGUCCAUACAGGCGAGCGUCCCUUCUCCUGUACAAUUUGUGGAAAGACAUCAGCAACAAAAACGAAUCAUAAUAAGCACAUCAAGAUUCAUCAUGCUCGAGAUCCAUUGACGGCUGAAGGCUAAAUUAAUCGAUUUUAUGAUAAGUUGAUUCUAAAGAGUUUGUGGCAGAGUUACAUUUGCUUUUUUGAAUUUAUCAUUUUGGAAUGCAUGCGGAAGAAAUUGAAAACUUCACCGAAUGAGAUUUUUCUUCUAAUAGUAGUAAGGAAAAUUUUUUAAGGAUAAAUCGUAAUUGUGAGGAUUUUUCGAUGUCUAAGGUCAGUUUCUCGGUAAACGACUACAAAUACUUUAAGGUAGGUGUUGGUGUUUACCAAAAAAUUUACCUCCGUGCUGUAGCUACAAGUGCUAUGAGGUUGAGUAAUCUUCAGAAAAUUUAGCAGCAACACAAUCGGACAAUCCCACUCAGAAUUUACGAUUAAAAUAAGAAAAUUUUUAAGGAAUGAUAACAUUUUUGCUAGAAAACUUAGAAGUUUAAUCUGAAAGAAUUGCUUUAUUAAGGUAAAAGUACACAACUACACACAAACACGAAUGGAAACAUACACACACACAUACAGACACAUAAAACACAUUUUAUAGAUUACUAAAGAAAAAAAAAACAUUUUUGAGCAAGAAAAAAAUGAGAAUAUAACAAAAUGAAAAUUAUUAGAUUUUUAGAUGAACAACAUCCUAAUAAUGUGCAAUAGAUAGGAUCUAUGAUUAAUUGUAUAAUUUAUAUUUCGAUAAGUUAUGAGCGUAGGAUUUUUUUUAAAAGAACGGUUUAUAAUUUUAUUUCCACUGUUUCAUGUUGUUUAUAUUAUGCAGCAUGCUGGAUGAAACUGUCUUCGUUUAAAUUAUCGUCUUUAUUUUUUUCUCACGGAAGAAAAAUGUUUAAAUAAAUUAAAUCAAGGAAUAAUUGUUGGCUAGAAUGAAUUAUUUAAUUAAUUUACAAUGAAAAAAAAAAGAUUGCAAAUAAUAAAUUCCUAUCCUGAGUAGAGAUUUUUGAGAGAACUUACAUUCUAAGUUGUAAAUAUUGGUAAAGAGAAAAUCUUGCUUGAGUAUGAGAUCGACGGAUAAAUAGAUCAUAUUGUCAUAACUUGAAGUCUAAGUAGAGUUGGGGUUUUGCAACCUUAACAAAAGGCGGUUUGGUUCGAUCCUCAUCAAAUUUAAAUUGAUCAGAACUAGACAGUCAUUAAAAGCAAUUGAAUCAAAUGUCGAUUUCACUGACAAAUUGGAAAAAUGUACAAAUUUUAUUUAUUAAAAAACAUCAAUUCAAAUUUAUAUCCUAAUGGUGCACAACUGAGCGAUUUUCUAGAUUAAGAUCAAUGAAACCUUAAAUUCAUAUUUAAAAAUGCAACAACUUUAAUGAAACUUCAAGAAAAUGUAAAACGUAGCUCUUAGUAUCCAACAGAAUUCCACGAAGGCGACUAUCUCAAUAUUAAAAUUGUUGCUAAUAUGAAAGUUUCAUGGAAAAAAAUUCAGGUGGAAUGAUAAUCGCUCAGAAAAUGACUGAACAAAGCUUCUGAUCUGAAUUUGAUUUCAAGGCAAUAAUCCUAAGUAACAGGAUCGGAUUGGAUAAGAAGUCCAAUUCUCAAAUCAAUUUCUACAAGAAAUGGAUGAAAAACUGUCAAUAAAAACCUCUAAAUCCCAAUAAAAUUUUUCUUUUAGUGAUUGAAUUUUAUUUGAAAUUAAGUUCUAAUAAGGAUUUAAGUUUGUUAUUUUUUAACGCAAAAGAAACAAGAAGAAAAUGAAGGAUGAAAAAAGAAAUCUUUGUGUGAUGAAAAAUUUUUGUGUAAUUUUUAAUAAUUUUUAAUACAAAAUGAAAGAAACAAAAAAAAGGAAAUCACAUUGAAAAUGAUUUUACAAAAAUACCUAAAAAUGUUGAAAAUAGAAACGAAAAUAAAAAAAUUUAUGAAUUUGCAGAGAGUUUCCCCAAAAUACCACUCAUGCUCAUAAUAAUAUUUAUAAAUUAUAAAAAAAAUGAAUUCUUUCUUCGCUAUAGCGUAUCAUGAUAAAUAAUGAAGUAAUAAUAAUGAUAAAUAAAGGAUAAAAGAAAUAAUCAAUGAGGUAAAAAAAAAUCAUGUUCUUACAAUUGUAAUGUCUAUAAUAUAAUAAUAAUAAUGAUAUCUUAAUAAUAAUUAAAAUCAAUAAAAUUGGAU